AUGUCGAUUAUUCCUCCCGAUGUUAUAGGAAUGUUCAUCAUGCAAAGCAGCAACAGGAGCAUCGGCGACGGCCGUCUCUCACCCGCGGCCGCCGUGCUGCCCCUAUCUGCUGCCACGUCCUUCGCGGAAUCAGAAGAGGAUCAACUCCGAAGACUAGAGGAGGACAUUCUGGAGGCAGCGGCAGCGGCAGCAGCCUCUGUUGUCAGCGGCGGCGGCGGCGGCGGCGGCGGCGGUGCCGUCAGGUCCGCUGCAGCUGCGCUCCUGCGCCGUGGCCGCCACGACCGCCGCUGGCAGCAGCGCAUCUUGGCUGUAGCAGCUUUCAAGACGGAAGGCAUGCGGCGGCGGCUCCUGGAGGAGGACAUCCUUUCCGUGGCCGCCAGCGUUUGCAGCGAAGCUGGCAGUGGCAGCGCAUCUGGUUACUACAGCCUUGACGAGGCGCCACAGCAGCAUCAGGGGCAUGCUCGCCGCCUGACGCAAUUCUCCUCCGACGGGCCGGGGGGGGCCCAUGGCGGUGUCGGCUGCGGCCGCUGGAGCGGCCCCGCCUCCGCCCCCGCCCGUAAUCGGGGCGUCUUCACCGCAGAGGACGAGGACGUCAUGAACCUGAUCAUGGAACAAUCGCCGUCGCCGUCGCUGGUACCGUCGCCCUCGCAGGAGGCUGCUGCUUUUUAA